GCAUCCUGCAUUCAGCAGCUUAAAGACACCGGGAGAGACUGGAGCGGGGAUGGAAAGGAAGGGACACGGCAAAGAGUGACAGGAAGAUGGAGGAAGAAAAGAAAAGAGUGCAUAACAGGAAAAAAGAUAUUUCCAUUUUGCUGAAAACUGCAGGCUUCAAUAACCAUGUGAACCAUCGUGUCUGAUCUGUUGUUGAGAGUCAAUUCCCUGUGGAAGAUCUAGGAGGAGCUGUUUGUUGGGCUGGAGGAACUGCCCUGUGGCGGCUCUUUGAGAGGUUAAGCUGGAGAUUGUCAUUGCCCAAGGUGAACUGGCUUUCAGUGGUAACCGGGUGGAAACUAGAAAGACGAGUUCAGGAUGAGCUCUGCGGCUUGGGUUUGUGCUGUGGCUGAGCUGGUAAACCCAUGAGGAAGUGACAUCAUUUUGGAGGGAAAUCAAUGGCAGCACAAACAUCAGUUAAUGGAAACUUCCUUCAUUCAUUGGCAUCAAUGGCAUAUUCUGCACAUUAACCUAGAAAAGAACAAAGUAUCUCACAGCAAAAAAUGACACAUCUCAGCUUUAAAGGAAGCAGAUACGUCACGACGGAUCAAACAGCUACCGUUUGAUGCAACUCGGAUGCUUGGAAUCUGUGGCCAACUCGUCUGUCGCUUACUCUUCAUCGUCUCCGCUUACAUACCCAGCUACCGGAACCGAAUUUGCCUCCCCGUAUUUUCCCACGAACCACCAGUACACGCCCUUACACCACCAGUCCUUCCACUACGAGUUCCAGCACAGCCACCCGGCCGUGAACCCGGACGCGUACUCGUUAAACUCUCUCCAUCACUCGCAGCAGUAUUACCAGCAGCUCCAUCACGGCGAACCGGCGGACUUCAUCAAUAUUCACAACGCUCGGGCGCUCAAGUCCUCGUGCCUGGACGAGCAGCGGCGGGAACUGGGCUGCCUGGACGCGUACCGCAGGCAUGACCUGUCAAUCAUGAGCCACGGCUCUCAGUACGGCAUGCACCCCGAGCAAAGACUGCUGCCCGGGGCGGGUCUGGGGCUGCCGCCACCGGGGGCCGAUGACCUACAGGGAUCUGUAGACGCACAAUGCGGACUCGUGUUAAAUGGACAAGGUGGAGUGAUUCGGAGAGGUGGCACGUGUGUAGUGAACCCUACAGACCUGUUCUGCUCUGUACCAGGAAGACUUUCUCUACUCAGCUCUACCUCAAAGUACAAAGUCACCAUCGCUGAAGUCAAACGCCGCCUGUCUCCUCCAGAGUGUCUCAAUGCCUCACUUCUCGGUGGGAUAUUAAGAAGGGCCAAGUCAAAGAACGGUGGCCGAUGCCUCAGGGAGAAACUGGACAGGUUGGGACUCAAUCUCCCAGCAGGCCGCAGGAAAGCGGCGAACGUCACGCUGCUGACCUCUUUAGUGGAAGGGGAAGCGCUACAUCUGGCUCGGGACUUUGGUUACACCUGUGAGACAGAGUUUCCCACCAAAGUGGUCGGGGAGCAUCUCGCCCGCCAGCACACGGAACCAAAGGAACAGAACGCGCGCAAGAAAAUGGUGCUGGCCACCAAGCAGAUCUGUAAGGAAUUUCAGGAUUUGUUAAGUCAGGAUCGAUCUCCACUCGGUUCCUCUAGACCAACACCUAUUUUGGAUUUGGACAUUCAGAGACAUCUAACACACUUCAGUCUGAUCACGCAUGGAUUCGGUACGCCGGCGAUUUGCGCGGCUCUUAGCACCUUUCAAACGAUUCUCAGUGAAAUGCUUAAUUACCUGGAGAAACACUCAGCCAAUAAGAGCACAGGAACGCCGGACAGCAACCAGAUCAACUCCAACUCGGACAAAACACUGCGCAAAACCACCGAGGUACCGACGAAAGACGGUAAAAUCGAGAAGACAGAAUGACUCUGACGCAGGAGUGGCCACUUUCCCACUUCCUGAUGGGCGGGCCUCGUUCAGGGCGUGGCUACUAGGGGCGGGGUUACAGGGUUUUUAUUCCAUAUGCGUUUAUUUAUAUAACUGGCAUAACUUCCUAUGACCUCAGCUUUCCCUGUACGAGAGUCUGUCUGUAUGUACAAACCAGUCACGUCAUUCCCACUGCCCGACGAACACGAACCAUUUCCGUUAUUUUCUAAGUUAUUGAAGAAGUUAUUUUGCCUAAAGUUUGUCUGUAUGUAAUUAGUUUAAAUAAUGAUUUUAAAAAUGCAAUAUCUUUUAUUAAAAAAAGACUCACAUUCCAUUUCUGGCAAGACCUGAUUUGAGGUCAGUUUGAGACUGUAAAUUAUUACAGGUAACUUUCCCUGUUAGUUACUGUAUAUUGUGCAUGUUAAACUUUGUACACCAUCUAAAACUGACAUUCCCCACUGUUGUUCCAGAACACAAACUCUUGACUGCAUUUGUAAAAAAGUUAUAUAUAAAUAUAUAAAUUCAAUCUUUUCUUGUAGGCUUUGAACUACAUAUAUGAAAUAACCCUACAUGCAAACUACUGGUGUUCA